GAUCAUUAGUGACGUAGGUGUCUGCUGCUGAACACUGAUUUUACACCGCCACCCCGUAACACAUGCGGGUUUAUGUUUCCUCGUAAAUAAAUUUACAUCGUAGAUACAUUUAAAUAUUUAGUUUGGUUUACAAUUUUACUUUUAGUUCUUUAAAGAUGCAUCAUAGUUUUCGUUCUUUAGUUAUCUUAAUGUUAUUGUCUUUGGUGUUGAGUCAUGUGCGUCCUGAUUUCCCAGGAGCCAUUUCGCCGGAAUUGCAAGAACUUCGAAAAAGAUGGGGCGCUGCUGACAUCAUUCGUGAUUUAGACCAUAUUAAAAGUGACGUACAAAGGAUUUCAAAGUUACAAGAUACAGGAGAGAUUUCUACAAAUGAAGCACUAUUUUAUUUCCUCAGGAUGCACGAUUUCGACGACAAUAAGAAAUUAGAUGGUCACGAGCUCAUGGCAGCCAUGGGUCACGCAUUAGAACAUUCAUCGGAUUCAAAAAUGGAAUUCCCAGAAAAAGAAGCUGUGGUGGAUAGUUUCUUUGCUUAUGAUGAUGAUAAUGAUGGAAUGAUUAGUUAUCCUGAAUUGCGAAAGCAUCUUUCACCGGAUGAAAAAUGAUAGAUCUGAUUCUGCUGGAUGAAACACUAGAACAAAAAGAAAAAAGAACAGCUAAUAAAGAUCUUGAAAUACUUCGUGAUUUAUUCAAAGUGUAUAAAGGAAGAUUUACUGUAUUUUUUAUUUUAGUCAAAAUAAAUUAAUAACAUUAUGUUCAGAAAAAAAUAUUGUAAGAAA